GAAGUUUGAUGAUGAAGGCAAACCGUUAUUCAAGUUUUCAGAGGCUUGGUUUGAUGCUUUCAAGUCACGAUAUAAUAUUUCUCUUCGGCGAAUCACAAACAAGGCGUAAGAGCAUCGGGCCAUUGGGCAAAUGGAAGCUUAGUGGUAUUGCAAAUAUGGAUCAGACACCGAUAGAAUUUGACAUGUGUGCAAAAAAUGUAACUUAUGAAACUCGAGGAGCGAAAACUGUUUGGAUCAAAUCUAGUGGAUCAGGUCUUGAUAAGCGUCAAGCUAUUGUACAACUCACAAUUUUUGCUGAUGGACUCAAAUGUGUUCAACCACUAAUUGUAUUUCGUGGAAAAGGCUUACGUAUCUCUCAGAAGGAAAAAAGUUCUUGGGAUUAUCGAGUUACAGUUCAAUUUCAGGACAAUGCUUGGACCGAUAAAGUCCUUGACAUAUUAAAAGAAUGUAAUACUAUAACAGCACUAGUUCCACCAGGAUGUACAUCACUUAUUCAACCAUUAGAUGUUGCAUUGAAUGCACAAUUUAAGCAG